AUGAAUGUCGGUAUAUAUUGGUGUUUAAGCUUGCACAGAUAUUGGAAUGAGUACUAUGACGAUUCUCUUAUAUAUAACUCUACCAUCCUUUCUUCAGAUCGUCUCGAAAUAACUUCAAAUGUCGGAAAUUAUAGAGUUGCAUAUUGCAAAUUUCAAAACUUCAAUAUAUCAUCGGCAGUAAGACUUAAUUCAGGUAAAAAUAAUCGUACUCUAAUAGAAGAUUCUUUUUUUAUUGAUUGCGGAUUAUUUCAAAAAGUUAAACCUGGAAAUGGGGGUUGUGCACUCUACGUUGGAGUAGAAGGAAUAAUUGCAGUAAAUCGUUUAUGUUUUGUCGGUACAACCGGAAAUACUACAGAUUUACAUUGCAAUUUAUAUUCAGCUUACAACAAGCCUCAAUAUAUUCCACUAAGAGUAAACUUAACAUCUGCUGUUAAUGGAAGAAGUAGUGGCAAUAGUGCCUUUUCAAUGUAUGGUGGGAUGGUUAAUUUUAAUAACAAGAAUCUAACGAAUAAUAUGGCUUUAAGCAACCCAGGUGUUAGAUUAGUUUCUGCAUAUAAUAUAUCAAAAUUUUCAUAUAAUACAAUUCUGAAUAAUACAAAUUCGAAUAAAGCUGCAAUAUCAGCAACAUUUUAUAUCUCUACUACCAUAAAUGGAACAGUAUACAUUAACUUCACUAAUAAUAUUCAAAAUGAAGAUCAAAAUUGUUUCUAUUUAAAUGCUUUACAACAGAUUUAUAUAGAUUCAUGCUCAUUUUCAGAAAAUAAUUAUACAAUUUUUGUGAACAUAAAUUCACCUCAAAAAUAUCAAAGUGUAUUAAUUUCGAAUACGUACAUUGAUGACUUUAAACCAUGUAGUGGUACAUAUGCCUUGAAUUUUGAAUCAAACCUUACAUCAUAUACUAAUUUUCCAGCUCCUAUUGUUGUUAAUGGGGAUGGCGUUCAAGUCAGAAAGACACAUAUAUACGCAGAGGCAAAGAACUUCAAUGACAAUGCCUUUGCCUAUGGUAUUAUUGCACUGUAUAGCUUCUCUUCUUAUAAUUAA